AUGGACUCGCAUCAGCCAUCUACAAGCUACGCACACUCAAUGCGAGGCUCGCGGCGAAUCGCAGGGUUGAUGGCAUCCAUACGCUCCCGCAGGGCUCGGCACCGAAAGUCCCUGAAGCAUCUGUCGCAUGAAUCCGUCCAGAAUGAGACCAGCGCAUCCGGCUAUGAUACAAGCCCAACCAUGGAUCAUCCUCGCGGCGGGGACUCACGCGAGGGAUACUUCGAUUCUCCGCACGCUUUCUGUUUGAACCAAGCCGAAGAUGAAGGCGCCGAAUCCCGGAAAGUCAGUGACAAGAGUGACAAGACCCUGGAAUCUCUCAGUUCUGACCACACAGUUGAGACGGUAUGCCGCGACCCAUCCAAAAGGACGCCCACGCCGAUUACGAUUGUGCAACGAGAGUACGUCUACGAAAAUCCGUUUGAUGAGAUCCUCGAGUCGUCACGAUCGGGGUCGUGCUCCAACCCCUUUACGGAUCAGUCGCAACACACUACACGUUCAAGCAGGGGAUCCAGCUCGGACUACAGUAUCAGCAACGCGCAGGUGCUGCAAGGCCUUCAUGUGCUCAAGAGGCCGCGGGAUCCAAUGCUCGGUACCCACCUGGAUAUCUUAGGGGGGCUAUCCCGGGAGAGUUCGCUUCCCUCUUCAUGCUUCAGUGAAGGCAGUUGGGCGGAUACGUUUGAUCGGCAUAAGGCUGCUAUGGCAUACAACGACCUUGCUACAGAAGUGGGUUUGGAGCGGUUGUCCUUGGGUGGCAGUGACGGGCGUGGGGCCGACGAUUGCAAUCAUGCCCAUCCUGCAGGCAACAACAAUUGUCAUUCUACCGAGGAGCUACCGCGGCGUCGGGAUCGGAUCAUCCGUCGGAUCAGGACGAUGCGGUCGACGUUGCAUGUCAAGGGUCAGGGUGUGCCUCCAGAACGAACGCUGCGCCGGAUGAAAACGUUUGCCAAUCUUCCCUCUCGUGCAUAUGGGAUGAAUUUAUUGAGCGGGAGGUCGCUGGAAAGUCUUGCUCGACUGGGGGGACACAGCUUUCUGGCCCUUCCAGGGGACUUUGCGCCGGCAGCGCUGAAACUCCCGGUGUGCUUUGUAGCGACUGCGACCUAUCUGAGAUCUCGUGGUACGCAUCUUUGGAAAUCCUGCGGGCUCGUCGGGUCUGGCGGGGCAGAUGAAGCAUGUGCUAACCGGAGUGCAUCAGGCGCGCUGAUAUACAACCUGUUCUUCGAGCCCGGGGAUGUGGAGACGGCUACACGGAUGUAUGACUGUUUCGCGGCGCAAGUGCUGUCUGCCGAGAAGGAGCAGGACACGAUCGAGUUGACCAUGAGGCGCCAGGAAAUGCCGUCGGAGCUGGCGGGGAUCUUGUAUGCGAACGCGCCGGACAAGGACGCGAGGCUUACCCUGAGCGUUGGCUGGACGUACCGGAGUCUGCUGGCGGGGCUUCCGGGAGGGAUUCUCGGAUCGGUGGCGCUGUACCGGGUCCUUUCGAGCAUCUACGACCAGCGAUUCUCGAAACUCCAACUGAAACGAACGCGGAGCUGCCUGGGGGGUCUGAGCCAGACGACCUACGCGCGGAUCAAAGCGAUCGGACUUGCGAUGGUGGCGCUGACGAGUCCGAUGCAACUGGAGCUGAUGUGCGCGGUGUUUGGGCUCUGUGCGGUUCUCCUGCAUGAGACCGGCCGGCUGACGGAUUCUGCGAGGCAUCGAUUGCGCAUGGGGCAGAGUCCGGAGUCGCGUUGGGGGAUUCUGAGUCGCUUGGGGCAGGCGUUUGGCCCACUGCUGACGGAUGGGGAGCUGGCGGAAGAUGGGAUGCAGUCGGCGGAGACGAUGCGGGCGAUGACGAUCCGGCGGCAGCAGGUGGCUAUGAUGCUGAUUGCGAACUGGCGCGGGGUGAGUCGAGUGUUGCGAGUGUGGGAGAAUCAAGUUCGCGGGCCGGCGCGACUCACGAUCUCGUGGCGGUCCUGUGGGGACGAGUCAUCGUCUGGGGAGCGGUCAUCUGGUUGA